AUGAGGCCCCUCAUGCUCCUCGCUCUCCUGGCCCUGGCUGCACUCUGCCUCGCUGCCCAGGCAGAUGCAAAGCCCAGCGGUGCAGAGUCUGGCAGAGGUGCAGCCUUCGUGUCCAAGCAGGAGGGCAGUGAGGUAGUGAAGAGACUCCGGCGCUACCUGGAUCACGGGUUGGGAGCCCCAGCCCCCUACCCGGACCCUCUGGAGCCCAAGAGGGAGGUGUGUGAGCUCAACCCGGACUGUGACGAGCUAGCUGACCACAUCGGCUUCCAGGAGGCCUACUUGCGCUUCUACGGCACUGCCUAG